AUGGCGAAAAUCAAGUGGGACUCCGUCGCUGACCAAACUCUGCUCACCACGAUCCUUGAGACUCAUCACAUGAGUGUUGAUGCGGCCAAAGUCGCCGAGGCCUGGCCUGCCCAAGAUGAAGACCACCAGCCCACACCUCGAGCUAUCAAGGGACGUCUUAAUCGGAUUAAAGAGCUCAAUCGCGCGCGCAACGCUGAUGCUGCCACCGCCGGGCCCUCUAGCCCAGUUACUCCCAAGAAGAGUACUCCCAGGAAGAAGACCACCGAAGCAUCAACUCCUGCUGCUCCUUCGCGCAAGCGCAAACGCCAGAUGACUGACGCUGCCACUGACGAUGAUGAACUUGUUCAUGUCAAGAAAGAGGAAGACGAGAGCGCCGAAGGCAAAGAGCCUGUUGUCGACACCCCCGUCAAGGAAGAGAAGGACCUGGAGCACGCCGAUCCCCGCCUUCACUCGCACGCCAAGGAAGAAUCCCCCGAUGUUGACAAUGGAGACGGAGAUGCUGAUUGGGUCGAAGACAACGAGGACCACGACGCCGACUCCAAUCAGUCGCCCAACUAG